GCUCGGAAUAUACAGACACACCUGGGCUGAUCCUCAGUGCGAACAGCUGACAGCUCACCGGACCCUGUGUGAUUACUGCGAGCCCACCUUCUUAAACAGCAUCGUCAAGAACGAGGAUUCUGCUCACAGAGUAUUACACCAACAACAGAUAUCUGCACCACUAAACUGUCAAAAGGGAACCACGUCCACCCCAAAUACAAGAAUCAAAGGAGGAGUUCAAAAUGGAAAGUAAGAUAAAUAUUUUAUCUGAAAAAGAUUGAAUAGGAAAUUGAACAUGCAUCAGAUCUCGGCCAUACCACGAGAUGUAAAUCCUUUAAGAAUUCAGAAAAACAAACCCAAAGAAAAAGAGGAACAGAAUGAAAAGACUUUGGGGCGUUCAGUUAGCCGGUCCAGUAACAUUUCAAAGGCAGGGAGUCCAACUUCAGUUUCUGCUCCAAACAGCUUUCCUAGGACAUCAGUGACUCCCUCCAGUCAAGAUAUCUGCAGUUCCAGUGCUGUAUUUUCUGAAUGUUGUCAUCAAAGUCCAGUACAGUCUGCUGUUGUCUUGAAAAAUCCUCAUUGCCACAGUUCUAGGACACCAGGGGUCACAGUGACCAUAAUUUGUCAAGAUGGUCUCACAGAGAAACAAAAUAAUAAGGGCUGCGGCAGCACCUUCAACUCUGCUAAGGCCAAGGUGGCCUUUCCAUUCUCCAAAUCUCUGAAUGAUGUGGACCAGAGAGCUAAAAAUAUUUCUACCGGCGAUUAUGUGGAACGGACAAGCUCAGAAGGACAUUUAAUUUCAGUUGAAGAUCAUAGCAUUGGGAAGAUCAAAUUUCAGUUCCAAGAACAUGGAGCUGAACAUAUUAAUACAAUAUCUUUGAACAACUCUAAAGUUGCUCAUGAACAGUCAUUUAUCUCCAAUUUAAGUGUUCCAUGCGCGGACAAAAGUCCUGAAUUUGUUUGUAUACCACUUUUGGAAGAAAAGAGAGACAGUGAUUCCUCCAAAAGCAAGACCUUGCUCCACUAUAUUUUUUCAUUUUCCCCAAGUUCUAGUGCACAUAGUUUACAAAGGUUUCAGGAACUGGGUGGCUAUUCUAGAAGUUUGCACGCAGACACAUCUUCCAGUAUUCUUUUGGGAAGCACAGAUUUCUGUUCGGAUGAUAUAGGGGAUGAUGAUGUGUUUGAGGAUAAUGGAUCUGUCAAAGAAAAUCUUCAGGAACAACGAGCUCCACUAUGUUCGAUUGAGGACAGUGAUCUUGAAUGUCCUUCUCCCUUUUCAAAAAAACUGCCCCCAGCAUCCCCUGUUUCAGCCUCUGGGGAUUUAUGCAGGAUAUGUCACUGUGAAGGUGAUGACGAGAGUCCUCUGAUUACACCAUGUCACUGUACAGGAAGCCUUCACUAUGUGCAUCAGGCUUGCCUGCAGCAAUGGAUCAAGAGUUCAGAUACAAGAUGUUGUGAACUGUGCAAGUUUGAGUUUAUUAUGGAAACCAAAUUGAAGCCUUUAAGAAAAUGGGAAAAGCUGCAGAUGACAGCAAGUGAAAGAAGGAAGAUAAUGUGUUCCGUAACAUUCCAUAUCAUUGCAAUCACCUGUGUAGUUUGGUCUUUGUACGUUCUCAUAGAUCGGACUGCAGAAGAGAUUAAAUUGGGGCAAACCACUGGUAUAUUGGAAUGGCCAUUUUGGACUAAGUUGGUGGUGGUUGCCAUUGGCUUCACAGGAGGACUUUUGUUUAUGUAUGUGCAAUGCAAAGUGUAUGUCCAACUUUGGAAAAGACUAAAGGCAUACAACAGAGUUAUCUAUGUACAGAAUUGUCCAGAAACUUGUAAAAAGAAAAUAUUUGAAAAAACAGUAAUGAUCGAGCCAAAUCUGGAGAACAAAGAAGCUCUUGGAAUUCACCACUCAGACACAAACUCUUCAUAUUACACAGAACCGGAGGAUUGUGGUGCAGCUAUCCUGCAAGUUUAAAUAUUCCUUCAUUGUUCUUUUCAGGAAACAUUUGUUUACCGACUGCUGGCAGCAGUAGAUGAUGUCCUGAAACACUUUUUUCCGCUAUUCAAUUUACUGUACAUGUUCCUCAAUUUAAAUAAUAUAGGCCAGAGUUUUAUACCGCUACGAACAAAUACCAGUUACUAGGACCACAUUCAAGUAUACAGUCUGAAAUCGGCAUAGAAGAUGAAAACCAAUAUAUAAAAUAUUUGCUUUUGGAUUAUUCAUGUAGUACAAUACUUUACAGAAGUGUGGACAAGUAUCACAAUGUAAAAACUUUACACUUUUCAAUGAAGAAAAAUUACAUAAUGUCUGAGUUGCUAGCAUGGCCCACCACUCUUACUGCCAAUUACAUCUUUUAUGAAUUCAGAUUUCAAGAUUCUGCUUUAUACGCCAGUCACAAGAGCAUUAAGCACUUUUUACAAAAUGUCUUUUGUUAUACCUGUGUUGACUUGUAAAAUUGUUUUGGUUACAAACAAACAGUCACAUUCUGUGACAUCUCUAGUAUAAUUGAUGUGGAAACCUCUAGCCUUACAUGAAUCAAGAUAUUUAUAUUAUCGUAUAUAUAGUAUAAUUUAAUAUAAAUGUCUUUCUUCACAACUGUCAUUUUACACAUGAGAAAAACAAUUUAUGCCUUGUUAUUUCAGGAACAAAUGCAUCUGUACGUAGUUGGGACAUUUUUUCUACCACAUAUAUUCAUUUUUUUUUUUUUUUUUUUUACUGAAAAUGCACAACUUCGUAGACUUUCGAAUUUAUGGUGUAAUAUUGAAUAAAAUCUAGAACUUUUACUAAGAUAAAA